ACCUGUCAGAUCUCACUGUACUUUCACAGAGGAUUGCUUCUGUGCUCGUUAUCGUCUCUAAUGGGCUGUACAGUACACACAAGAACAGCGGCUGUCGACCAUAUACCAUCAACUCUUGAGAGUCUGGUUCGGAGCAGGGGCAUCUCCCAGCAGCCUGCAGGCCUGUCUGCGGCAGCUCCUCUGCGGUGGUCUGGGAUUUGUGGAAUGGGAAGUUCAGAGUUCCUGAACAGGAUGUGGAAUCACCGCUGCAGCGUACAGCCCCCACCACCACCACCACACUACAGAGCUGGUUUGCGGCUGGGUGAAUCCACAUCUGGAGAAGAUAGGAAGCGCUUUUUUUUUUGUUGUUGUUGUGACAUCUGGAAAUCUAUUUGUCUCUGCCUAUCUUCUGGUGACCCGUGCGAGCAUAUCUAUCCCGGAUUCAGGUGAUGACUCACCUCUGGACUCUCCUGUCAGCCCUGCUGCUGGUUUUUUCAGUGGCUGAACCUCUGAGCAGCCCUGAGGAAAAUGAAGUCAUGAAACACACAGAGGCCGAGUUCACCAAGAGACAGGUGAUUGAGAAUGCAAUCAGAAAUCUCAGUGAACCUACUCCAACCCACACGCCCACCACAUCGGAUCCCUUGACUACCACUGUGUCUCCGAGCUCCAGUCUUGUUCCUCAGUGUCCAGCAAACCAGGUGAUGUUGGAGAGCAGCAAUGGCUGUGGCUGUCCAUCUGGCACGGUGAAGGUCGGUGACAACUGUACCUGCCCUGCAGGCUUCACUCUGGAGGGGGCCUCAGAGUGUAAAGAUGUUGAUGAGUGUGAAGGAGGGGGGCCAGGACCAUGUGGUCUCCAUGCCAGCUGUACUAAUACCCUCGGCUCUUACUCAUGUAGCUGUCUCCGUGGUUACCUGAUGGGUGCUGGAGGGUGCCAGGAUAUAGACGAGUGCGCUCUGGCUGCAGUGACGGGCCUGCAGGCCUGUCAGGGGGAUGCUGAAUGCAAGAACACCCCUGGUUCCUUCACAUGCUCGUGCCCUGCGGGAUAUGUAAUGGCCCUAAAUGGACAAAGCUGUGUUGAUGUGGAUGAAUGCAGCUUUGAGGAACUGUGUCGCCGUGAGCUGGGAAAUGUGUGUGUGAACACCCCUGGCAGCUUUAUGUGCCAGUGCCAGCCGGGCUUCAGAGCCGAGGCCCUCGCCUGUGUUGGUCCUGUGUGUCCAGACUACACCGUGUGUCAAGAUGUGGAUGAAUGUACGGAGAGUCCUGCGGUGUGUGAUGGUCAGGGUGUGUGUGAGAACACACUAGGGAGCUAUAAGUGUGUUUGCCGACCGGGUUACCGGGGAAACGGCACACACUGCGAAGAUGAGAAUGAGUGUGCGUCGGGUGGUCACGGGUGUGAUACCAACGCUCGGUGUGGCAACAUCAUUGGCUCGUAUUUCUGCCAGUGCUACCAGGGCUUCAAUGGAGAUGGACACUCUUGUUUUGACGUUGAUGAGUGCGCUGUGAACAACGGCCACUGUGAACACAACUGCACCAACGAGCCAGGAGGGUACAGCUGCCAGUGUGCCCCCGGAUACCAGCUGGACCAGGGUGGACGCAACUGCACAGACGUGGACGAGUGCUUAACGCUGAAUGGGACCUGUGAGCACGUUUGCAUCAACACUCUCGGAUCUUUCCAGUGCUCCUGCCGGCCCGGCUACCAGCUGCACAUCGAUGGCCACACCUGUGUGGACAUUGAUGAAUGUAAGCUCCAGAAUGGUGGCUGCUCCCACACCUGCACCAACUCUCCAGGAGGACACACUUGCCACUGCCCUCCUCCUCUGCUGUUGGACACGGACAACCUCACCUGCAGCAAUGUUACAUCUUGUAAGCUGAGAAAUGGCGGCUGCGACCACGUAUGCACUGUGGGGGCUGAGGGCCACGUCCAGUGCAGCUGCCAAACAGGCUGGAAGCUGGGCGAGGACCUGAGGACCUGCGUGGAUGUGAACGAGUGCGGCGACUUCACAAACGGGGGCUGUGAGCAGCUCUGUGUGAACCGUCCUGGUGGGUUUAACUGCACCUGCAGGGGAGGGUAUGAAGUUCGAACUGAUGACCUCACCAAGUGCCAGCCUGUGUGUGACCCUCCCUGUCAGAACUAUGGAGUGUGUGUGGCCCCAAACAGCUGUGACUGUCCUCCAGGCUACCCUGGUGUGGGCUGCUCAGCUAUGUGCUCCCCGCCCUGUGCCCAUGGAGGUAGAUGUAUGCGCUGGAAUAUGUGUCUGUGUCCUCCUGGCUGGACCGGAGACGGCUGCCACACAGCGGUGUGUGAGUUGCCCUGUGCUAAUGGCGGUCGCUGUGUGGGGCCUGAUAACUGCCAGUGUCCCUCCGAUUACACCGGCCCCCAGUGCCUUUUGCCCCUGUGCACUCCUGCCUGUCAAAACGGGGGAAGAUGCGUGGAUGUCAACAAAUGCACAUGUGUUGAUGGAUGGCAAGGAGCUCGUUGCCAGAUAGAGCCCGUUCAGUGUCAGAAACCUUGUAAAAACGGUGGAGUGUGUGUGGGCCUCAACAGGUGCCGCUGUGCCAAAGGAUUUACCGGAAGCCUCUGUGAAACAGCGGUGACCACCCCCUGCGUGCCGCCAUGCAAACACGGCGCCACCUGCAGUCCUCACAACACCUGCACCUGUCCAGAGGGCACAGCAGGCCUACGCUGUGAGAGACUCACGUGCCCUGUGGUCACCACGGUGGUCAGUAUGGCACGAGCAGUGAGAAAGGCAUUCAGGGAGAGUUAUGUUGACCGCUGUGGACCCCUGGGAGUUCAGCUUUGCACUAAAUACAGGAUAAACCAGGCUCGUGUGUACCUGCAGGCCUACAGGGUGGGCUACAAAAUCCAGUGUCCAGAGAGGAAGGGCAGAUGAAGGCCUUGUCACAAGGAACGUUCAGCCACUAGACAACAUUUUGCUCAAAAGACAACAAG